ACUAACAUUGACAAAUCCGUUCACAAGGAACGGAGGAAACAGGCAUCAAUGGCUUCCUCCACAGAACUCAAGUCAACUUUUCUGUUCAUAUCUUUCCUCCUUCUCGUUCUCCAGGUUCCCCUGAUCAACGGCCACGGAGGAGACGGGGAUCAGGCUGAAGGCGAUGGUAAUGUAAACCUCCAUGCAAAUGGCUUGAUUUUGGUCAAAGUAUGGUGUUUAAUCAUUCUUCUUGUCAGCACCUUCGUCGGCGGUGUCUCCCCCUAUUUCUACCGAUGGAACGAGAGCUUUCUACUUCUAGGAACGCAGUUUGCCGGUGGGGUAUUUUUGGGCACUUCUUUGAUGCAUUUCUUAAGUGAUUCCGAUGAAACUUUCGGGGAGGUAACGGACAAGACGUACCCUUUCGCCUUCAUGCUGGCCUGUGCUGGUUAUCUUUUAACCAUGCUUGGAGACUGCGUCAUAGCCUCUUUUACUGCCGGCGAGAAGGAAGUAAAAGUAAACCAAAUUGAAGGAGGAAGAACUCCAGAAGAACUGGCUAAAAAUUACCAGAUGGAUCAUGCCAAUCCUAUUUUCUUGACGACCAAGACGACCUCUUUCGGAGACACCAUCCUUCUCAUUUCUGCCCUCUGUUUCCACUCUGUUUUCGAAGGCAUAGCCAUUGGAGUUUCAGCUACCGAAGGAGAAGCAUGGAGGAAUCUGUGGACAAUAUCACUGCACAAAAUCUUUGCAGCCAUUGCAAUGGGCAUUGCCCUGCUCAAGAUGCUGCCAGAACGGCCGCUCCUGCUAACCUGUGCUUAUUCUUUUGCCUUUGCCAUUUCCAGCCCCAUUGGAGUUGGAAUUGGCAUAGCCAUCGAUUCCUCAACACAAGGACAAGUAGCCAAUUGGAUAUACGCCAUCUCCAUGGGACUUGCAUGUGGAGUUUUCGUCUAUGUUGCCAUCAACCAUCUCAUAGCCAAAGGUUUCAAACCACAAGCUAAAUGUUACUUUGACACUCCCUCUUACAAGUUCCUCGCUGUGCUACUCGGCGUUGCAGUUAUAGCAGUUGUUAUGAUCUGGGACUAACAUGGAGCUUUUGUUGUUCAUCCUAUCUUCGAUGUUGUAAAAGGAUCAUUCUAUGUUGUUACUUCCCAACUCAAUAAUACAAAGUUUCAUUUCUU